CCCACAUCCCUAUCUCCUUUGCCUUCCAGGCUCCCAAGUCUUUUUAUUUUUCGUUGUAGUUGUUUGACACCCUCUGUAGUCAUGUUGAAUUACAUGUUAUUGUGUCUAGCCCUUCUGGGAUUAUCCUCACUUGCUUCUAGCAGCGUUCCCUAUGCUCGAGAUGGGGAUAUUGCAGUUGGCGACAAAUGGAGACCCUACGAUCAGGUUGAGAUCUUCCAAGCAGGAGCCACGCGUGGACUUGAAGGCAUACUUGAGCUGCGUUUCAUGCCUAUGCUCAAUGAUGCAAGGGGUUGCUUCCCAUAUGCUGCUGUUGACAAGGAUGGUGCCCAUGGUAUGGGGCUAAAGCCUACAGGAAAGAGCGGCGGGGACUGCCGUGAUGACAGCAAAGGCCAGCUUUAUGCCAGAGUUGGAACUUCUAACGGUCGGACCGGUGUAAUGUAUUCGUGGUAUCUACCCAAAGUCCAGACGGAUACCGAACAUCAUAAGCACUGGUACUUAAGUAUUGUUGUCUGGGUGCAUUCUGAGUGUAACCCAGCAGCUGAUGACUGCAACAUCGUUGGAGUUAGCUACUCGAGUGGGGCAGAGACCUACGAUACAUCAAUGAGCGGUGAAACGCUCUAUAGCUCUGGCCACAAUGGCACCGGUCCCGUCAAAACACAUCCAAUCGUUGGAUACGACGGCCAGGUGAAAGUCUUUCCCUCCCAAGAUGGUGACCAGCACGCCCUGGGCCCGCCAUUAAUCAGCUGGGAAAAGCUGUCUUUAGCGGCAAGACAGCAGCUUAACGGCUUUCAGUACGAAAACGCUAGAUGUCCCUUUAACGACAACAACUUCCAAGAGUCCUUGGACGCUGCUUUCAACGAAAGCUUUUACACCAGCCUAACAUCCAGGUCUAACAAGCCCAGUGUGCCGCAGCCGCCACCACCGUCGUCACGUGCUAAGGGGCCGGACUUGGCGUGCAUGGGUCAAGGUCCUUCGUUUAAUCCUUCAAACUGCGUAUUCUCUCCCAUUCAGGACGACGGAAGCGUCCUCGACUUAACGGAUGCAGAGGCUAUUCUCAGAUUUAUGAAUGUCAAAACCUUUUUGCGAUACUUCAAAGGUAGCAGGGCAGACCUUACCAAUACAUGUGUGUUUUACACCAAAGCAGUCUCUCCUGCUAGAAAAAAUGUGGGUUUGGCCAUUACUGCGACAAAAUGGGCGUGCGGAGAGUCCCAGAAGCGCCGAUACACAAUGUGGCAUCUGUUACCCAACGCUAUGGAUGCUGCUUCCCACCCGGGCGUACGUGACUUUUACACCCCGCAGAAGGUCGGAGGCUGGCUGGAUGCUCUCAGGAUAGCGCAAGAAAAAUAUGAGGCGACGAAGCCUCCUGGAGUGGUGCCCCCGUUCAACCGUUAUUUCCAGGCAGGGUCGCAGGCCAUGGCUGAAGCAUGCUACGGAGACAUAGUAAUCGUGACGGAGACGCCGUCCGAACUCGCUCAAUACGAGCCAGGCAAAAAGUACCAGGUGGCUGGUCGCACUAACGUAUUCUGGUCUCAUGAGCGGCCUGUGAUCCAACGGAAGGUGAAAGCAGGAGAGGCAACGCUCUAUGUGCUGGACGCCAACACCAAAAAAACUUACAAAGUUACGGAUAUUGAUACGUUUAAGAUUGGCCCCGCCGUGAAGUUGAGACGAGAUCUGUCAUCAGCUUACGAGACGUCUGACAUUUUCGAACGCUCCCGAAUACGGGCCUCGGGCAACAUGUGCAAAACGAGCGGACUUGGAUCUCUGAGAUCGGGCCAGGACUGGUUUGGAUCAUAGGGAAGCAAUGGAUGGGAGUCGCACCAGACGCAUCGUCAACCUGGCAAGCGGGGUCAGGCUACAGCGCGAGUAGCAUGCUUAUGCGUCUAGACCUAUGUGCCAGAGGAAAAUGUACCUUAAUAGCGACUAUAGAUAUACGCAGACCUGUUCAG